GGAGGCGGGCGCGGCUUCCCCGCUCCCGUUGGCUAGCUCGCCGCUAUCCCCUCUCCCUAUUGGCCAGCGCCUCCGCCUACCUGUGUUGCGGUUGGCUGCGCCCUCGCCUCUCCCCUCUGUCAGCGUUAGUCUCGCCUCCUGAGCGGCUAACGUCACUGCAGUGGGGCGAUCGGGCGAUACGGUGACGUGAGUGCUUGGGGGCGCUGCCAUUGGCGGCGGCGGGGUGACGGGCGAUGUGGCGCGUGCUGCGCCGGGCCGUUGCUGUGGGCCCCUGCGGAGCCGCCGUCCCUGAGGGGAGCUGGUGCCGCCGUCGCUGCUGCCAGCCGCUCGCCUCAGCCGCCGGCCGGAGCGGGGGGAAGGCCCGGGCCCAGAGCGGCUGUGCGGAGUCUCAGAGAAACAACCCAAACCUUUCCAGCACCGUCACAUCCCGUCGCAACACUUGGCCCUGCGGUACAACAUUUGCUACCAUCACGAUGCCUGAAGUAAACACAGAUCACCUGGAUGAGCAGCAGGUGCAGCUCUUGGCAGAGAUGUGUAUCCUUAUCGAUGAAAAUGAUAAUAAGAUUGGGGCGGAUACCAAAAAAAACUGUCACUUGAACGAAAAUAUUGACAAAGGUUUACUGCACCGAGCUUUCAGUGUUUUCUUAUUUAAUACAGAAAAUAAACUGUUGCUGCAGCAGAGGUCAAAUGCAAAAAUUACAUUUCCAGAUUGUUUUACCAACACUUGUUGCAGCCAUCCUCUGAGCCAUCCGCUAGAACUGGAAGAAAAUAAUGCCAUUGGUGUUCGGAGAGCAGCACAGAGACGGCUGAAAGCAGAGUUAGGAAUUCCCAUGGAGCAGGUAACUCCAGAAGAAAUCUCCUACCUGACACGAAUUCACUACAAGGCCAAGUCUGAUGGGAUCUGGGGCGAACACGAGAUAGACUACAUCUUAUUUGUGCAGAAGGACGUAGCGCUGAAUCCUGACCCUAAUGAGAUCCAAAGCUACUGCUACGUGACACAGAAAGAACUGAAACAGCUCUUGGACAAAGCCGCCAAAAAUGAAGUUAAGAUUACUCCGUGGUUUAAGCUAAUUGCAGAGACCUUUCUUUUUAAGUGGUGGGAUAACUUAUCUAACUUGAACAAAUUUGUUGAUCAUGAAAAAAUACACAGAAUGUAAAAAAUAGCUGGGGUAGAAGAUGCUGAAAGCUAGCAGUGGUGUGUGGUCUCAUUAACGCUAUGGUAAUCCAUGACUCUCGAGUGCAGGAAAGUGUUCCGCCUGGAGCAUGUUUAAUAAGUAAUUCCAUACAGAGGUGGUUGUAGCCCAUGUUUUACUUUCUCUCUUCACCUCCGCUUCCCCCCAGCCUGGUUCCGCUUGGGUGAGUUAAGCUUGAUCUCGUGUAAGAUGGGUAACGGUAACAGAAGCCCCCAGGUUCUUCUUUCUCCAUUACCCCCGUGAUGUGGGAGACCCUCAGCGUGUCUGUGUGUGCACGCGCCCAGUUUGCUCUGACUUCCGUGCGUGCGUACGUGUGCUGGCAAGGCAGUUUGGGCGCCUCCCGUCCAGCGUGCUCCGUAGAGCUGGUACAGCGAUUCCCAGCCAUACAGGACUAUGCCUUCUAAAACAGGGAUUGCAAGAGGUUGAGCUCUGCAUUGAUGUUGAGAAGACUAGUUGCCUGAACAAAAAACCCAAGUAGUUCAAAGUAAUCAGGAUGAUUUUAAUUGCAGAAGGCAAAUCUCUCCAGCUACUGUACUCUAACCAAAUACACAAAAGCUGAAGUUAAUUGGACUGUCAGUGUGGACUGCAUUUCCCUUUGAAGUGCUGCACUGCGUGUCAUAGCUUUAGAUAAUAAACAUCGGGGGCUUUGCUUGGUUUUUUGCCCACUGCCCUUUUCUGGGUAGUUGAUGACCAAGUACUGGACAGCUCUUCUAAAAAAAAAAAAGUCGUAAAUUACAUGCAGUGUAAAUGGUACCUAUCUAAUCUGGGAAGUAGGCUGCCUUUGGAGAAGGGCUACUCAUUAAAUGGCUCUUCUCUGUCUCCCAAAAAACAAAGGCAUUUUUUUCCUACAACAUCUACUGUAAUAGUCAUUCCUGGACAACUCAAACCCCUUGAACUCCAGAAUUCAGGACUGACAAUUUAUGGGCUUACACCAGGUCUUAAUUUCAGUUAAUGAGAAAUUGUACCCUAGCAUAAGAGCCAGUCCUUUUUGAUGUUGCUGUCAAUUUCCAGUACCAAGAGUAAAAUGGAAGGCUUUUUUUUAAUAAGACAAAUAAUCAAGGGUGUCUCAGUUUGAUGUAGUUUUUUGGGUUUGUUUGGGAUUUUUUUCCCCCCAAAAAAGGUUAGUUGGGGUUUCUUAGCAGACUACUCCAUCUAGAUUUCAUAAGCUAACUUCUCCCAGAGGCGUCUUGAUGAAGCAGGGUGUUGUUCGUGCCACGUCUCCUUGCACUAAAGCAGGGCUGUCACUAGCCAGUGUCUGGUUUCAAGGUGACACUAAAUUUUUCCAGUGGUUAACAUGUUUCUCCUCCCCCUCACCACUGUGGCUGCAGGACUGAACCUUCCUGUGCCAGCACCUCCAGUGGUUCAACGCUCACAGGUUGUAGAGCCAAGUUCGUUGUACCUUGACCUGAUGUAUUGUCUUGAAGCAAAUAACGGUGAGAGAUCAGUAACAGCUCUCCUGAACUCAGUGCAACGUUACCCAAGUAAUGUAUUUGAGUCCUUUUUAAAUAUUUAAAAUACAAGAUUAUCUGUAAGAAAAUGAUUAAAAUACCUGACCUAAAA